UAAGUUCUAAGCCUCAGUAUUCCAUUGAAGCCUAACUCAUGGAAUUGUUCAAGGCUUUUCGCUUGAUUACUAUCCCAAUUACCCUCUUAAUCAUUUCGCUAACGUCGAUUAACGGGCAGAUUAGCACGCCAUGCACAGCCUCAAUGAUCAGCAACUUCACCCCAUGCAUAAAUUAUAUCACUGGGAGCAGCAGCAAUGGCACGUCACCACCAACACAGAGCUGUUGCAGUUCGGUAAAGUCGUUAUUGGGCACCGGCACGGACUGUGCUUGCCUUCUCAUAACUGCCAGUGUCCCAGUCCAACUGCCCAUUAACCGAACCCUGGCGCUCUCUCUUCCUCGAGCUUGUAACAUGGGGGGCAUCCCAUUACAGUGCAAAGCCUCUGCUAGUCCCUUAGCGGCUCCAGGUCCUGCCUUACUAGGGCCAACAGCUUCUUCUCCUUUAAGUCCGAGAGCUUCUAAGGCAGUGGCAGAAUCUCCUACACCACAAUCUGGGACAGCUGAUGAUCUGCAGCCAACAUCUCCACCAGUAGAAUCAGAAGCUCCAACACAAUCUACUCCAGGGAGUGGUCGACUGACCCCAUCACCAUCAGCAUCUACUCUAUCUUAUGUUUCCCCACCCUCUCUCCUACUCAUAAUUUUGGGACUCGUGGUUUAUAAGUCCUACUGAUAGUUAUUGCUGCUACCGUUCUUAUGCAUAUGCCGUUUUGUAUGGUAUAUCACAUUCAUCUAUCUUGUAAUAGAAGUGUGUCUCUUAAGGUCUAUCAUUUUGGGAUCGAUUUUAAUAUGUGUAAGUUUUAUAUACAUUGUUGGCUUAAUUCAUUCUCGAUUUCAACAUUUAGGAAUACGCGAAUACCAUUCCCUUUUAUAAUUUUCGGACUUAUGGUUUGUAAGUCCUUUUAGUGAAAUUUCUACGUGGCUCUAUAUAUGCCUUUUUGUAUGGUAUACAUCAUAUUCACAUCUUGUAAUGAAAUUUCUGUCUUAAAAUCAUUUUAUAUUGUUUUGGGAUUGAUGU